UUUAACACCCGCGUGCGUUAUUUUCCACCUGUUGAGGCGCGCGAAAGUGAUAGGUGGGGCGCGUGGCGUUUUCCACACCCAUCUGACACGAGCACAUUUCCGGGUUCCCUCCUGCCAAAGAGCUGCUGCUGUUACUGCUGCUCCUCCAGGCGACUUUUACCAACAACAACGAUGGCCGUUCUACUUGAAAGUCUGUUCGACGAACUUCCUCCCGACAAGUCGAUAGACACGAAGACCUUUCUAGAAAAUGUCUCCCACAUCCCGUCGUUUUUCGAUUGUUUGGGGUCAAAGGUGUUUACGGUCAUCAAAUCCGACAUUAACGGGAACAUAACGAAAAUAAGAGGAGUUUAUGUGAAGGAUCCUGCAAAGUACGCCACCCUGCAGGACAUCCUAGUGGCUGAGAAAGAAGCUCAUGGAGCAGAGUGGCCAAGCGUUGGAGCCACGUUAGCUCUCAUGUGGCUGAAGAGGGGCCUCCGUUUCAUUCAGGUACUCCUGCAGAGCUUGGCUGAUGGAGAAAGAGACGAGAACAACCCUAACCUGAUCCGGGUCAAUGUCACUAAAGCCUAUGAAUCAUCUCUGAAGAAAUACCAUGGGUGGAUCGUUCAAAAGGUUUUCAAUGCAGCACUGCUCGCAGCUCCCUACAGAUCAAACUUCCUAAAAGCCCUGUCCAAAGGGGAAGAAGUAACAGAAGAGGACUGUCUGGCAAAUGUGCGCCACUUCCUGGUCAACUACAGCAGCGUGGUAGACGCCAUCUACGAGAUGUACACGAAUCUGAACGCAGAGCUGGACUACACGGUUUAACGGGAGUGGAUGAACUGCAGUGGGAUGCAGGAACGUGUUCCACUUUGAAAGUUUUUUUUGGUCUUGAAUUUUGGUAUUUAUUAGUUUAAUUACAGAGCAUGUGUUUUUAAAUUAUGCUUUUAAGAAAACAAAUAACGGCUGAAAAGUUUUUUGUUUUUUUUAUGCAGGAAGUGCUUAAAGCUGUCGCCUGUUUUAAUGAAGUAUUUAUUUUAAAUAAAAGCUGCCUUACUCCUGGAAACUAAGAACAACAAGAAGAUGUGACAUUCCUGAUCUCUGCUGAUGCCUUCACUCUUUUUCCUUUUUACUUGAAUCUUAACUUUUUACUAUUUUUCAUGUCUUUGAUCCUCACUUUUCUUCUUUUUUAAAUACUUUGAUUUUGUUUGGUGUGGAUGUGGGAUUAAAUGUCUUUAUUAUCUAAUGUAAUUCCACAUGUCUUAUAAAUUAUUUGCAAGCA